AUGAAAUCAGUUGCACGCAACCAUGUUUGGUGGAAGAACAUUGACGAAGACCUUGAUUCGUUAGUGAAAUCUUGUGGCGGCUGUGCGCGUAACAAAUCCAGCUCAACAGAAGCUCCAAUACACCCAUGGGAGUUUCCCAAAAAGCCUUGGAGCAGAGUACACAUAGACUUCGCGGGACCAUUUCAAGGACAUAUGUACUUUGUUGCAGUAGAUGCUUAUUCUAAAUGGCCGGUCGUUAAAAUAAUGCACAAAACUACUGCUACGCAUACAGUAGAGGUAUUGCGCGCUAUCUUUGCGAACUGUGGCAUCUGUGACGAGAUAGUCUGCGAUAAUGGACCACAAUUCGUGAGUGAUGAGUUUCGAUCAUUUCUUGUGAAAAACUGUGUUAAGGUUAGAUAUAGUGCACCUUAUCAUCCAAAAACAAACGGUUUGGCCGAACGCUUUGUGCAAAGUAUGAAACAAGCUCUUAGAGCCGCGAAAAAUGACCAAGGGACUGUUCAAACCAAGUUAUCCAGGUUUCUACUUGCUUAUAGGAAUGCUGAACACCAGACUACAAGAACAAGUCCUGCAAGUUUAUUUUAUGGUCGAAAUUUGUCUACCAGACUUGAUAAAAUGAAACCUAGUCUAGAAAAGAGGGUUGAAAGUCAACAAUCUGCAAUGCGUAGAAGCACAAGGGAUCGUAAUUUUGACAUUGGAGAUAAUGUGACUGUACGUGAUUAUAAGAAGGACCAGGAUAAAUGGAUUCCGGGGACGAUUAGUAGUAGAACAGGACCAGUUUCUUAUCGUGUAGAGAUCGCACCUGGAGUUACAUGGCGGCGUCACGCUGAUCAGAUACGUAGUUCGAACUUGGGACUCUCAUCAGAUCACUCAGUGUCAGAUUCAUCUGUUGUAAAGGCAUCGAUAUUUGAAAAUGACAAUAAACCAGUUUCUGAACAGUCAUCGUCUAGUCAGUCGUCAUCUAGUCUGUCGUCGUGUAGUCAGUCGUCAUCUAGUCAGUCGUCGUGUAGUCAGUCGUCAUCUAGUCAGUCGUCGUGUACUCAGUCAUCGUCUAGUGAAACAUCAGUCAGUGAUAAGAGAACAUCAGUUGUCGAGGUACCCAAGUCUGAGGACAUAACCAUUUCGGAGAAGCGUUACCCUACAAGAAACCGUAAAAAAGUUGAAAAACUAAAUUUGUGA